AUGGCCAGUCCAAUUGUGGAGCACGGAAUCGAUGGCGGCUCUCAGACAAGGAGGAGAAGAGUGCGAAAAGGGACGAGGAGCUGUUGGGAAUGCCGACGACGGAAGAUGAAAUGCGUCUUUGGCUCGCCCGCCGAUACCAUCUGCAUCAGCUGCAACCGACGUGGUGCUAAAUGUGUUGAUCAGCAAUUUCCAGAACAGAUCUCAACGCCUUUAGAUAGGAGCCUUCAGAUGGGAGACCGAGUUGUGAGAGUCGAAGCACUAGUCGAGCAGUUGCUCGAGAAGGUCACGCACCAGUCAGGCCCUUGUUGCAGAUGCACAACGACACAAGAGAAUACAGAAUCUAGCCGCGGCAUCCUUAGUCCUGUCUUUGCCAACCCUAUCCCUGCAGAGCCGCCUAGCUCAUAUGAACCUUUGGAACACCAAGCACUGUCGCGAAUUUUGCGCGAAUCCUUGCCUACGCUAAAGGAUAUCGAGAUAAUCGCCCAGGUACGGGGUGAUUUGUCUGCGCUCUUUUACCAAAUGCUUACCGUCCCGUACAAUGACCUCGACCAGAACGACCCUCGGUCAUUGGAGGGCCUUUUUGAGCAACCUGGAUCAAAUGCUCACCCUGUUCUGAUAGGGCUAUAUAUGCUCAGGAUUGCUACUUUCUUACAACACCUCCAUCCAGAUCUUCAUGGAAACUUAAAAGGACUAUCAGAAUCUCCACGCCGGAUGAUGAACCGUCUGUUCAACACUGCUGUCAGCCUCGUAACUACGAACGAGAGUCUCAUCGGCAGUAUCGAAGGGCUAGAGUGCGUGAUGAUGGAGAGUUUGUGGUAUACGAACAGCGGGAACCUACGCCAAGGCUUGAUUGCCAUCCGGAGGGCCAUGACAACUGCACAACUGAUGGGCUGUCACCGCUCAAGGAGCUCAGCGCAGUGUAGGCUACUAGGCUCAAAAAGAAAAAUUCACCCAAGGUUUAUAUGGUUUCGCAUUGUAUUUGCGGAACGACAUCUAUGUCUCAUGCUGGGUCUCCCUCAAAGCACCGUCGAUCAGAGUAUGGCUUCCAAGGAGAUGCUCGAAAACGACACGCCUAUGGGACGUCUUGAGCGUAUACACUGCGUUAUCGCAUCGCGUAUUCUGCAGCGCAACCAAUCAGAUCCAAGCCCCCACGACUUUGCUUUAACGCAAGAAUUAGAUGGAGAACUAAAGAAGGCGGCUGAGGUCUUGCCCAAAAAGUGGUGGCUGCACUCAAACCUGGCUUCGACAUUGGACCACCCGGAGACACUUUUCUGGGAUAUGCGACGACUGUUUCAUCAACUAUUCCACUACCAUCUUCUCAAUCAACUCCAUCUUCCUUAUAUGCUACGCUCCUCGCUGGACGAACACGAAAACCAAUACUCAAGGGUCACUUGCGUCAAUGCCUCCCGCGAGGUGCUCUCACGCUUCAUUAUGUUCCGUAGCUCUGAUCGUAUUGCUUUCUGGUGCCGGACAAUGGAUUUUCUCUCCUUAAUGGCGGCCCUGACACUGUUGAUAGCACAUAUUGACGGGCACUGUCAAGGUUCAAUUUUUCGCAAUGCGCAACAGCAACAGACUGCAAGACCAGAGAACUUGCUUACGCACCAACGCCCCGGUGACCUUGCAAUGAUAGAACAGGUGCAAGAAAGUAUAGAGGAAGUGAGCCAACAAAAUGGGGACGUACUGGGAGCACGGAGCGCAGAGCUACUCCGAAGGCUCCUGUUCAUUGAGGCUGAAGCAGCUAGCAGCCAUGCAAAAAGUGUGGACGGCGUAAGUGCGCAGGUUCCGGCGGCUACCUACGAUCCCAUCAAUGAAGAGAGAAGAGGUACCAUUAGUUUAUACAUACCAUAUUUUGGUACUGUCAAGAUAGCUCGAGGAGGCACCAUCUCCAAAGCAAUGAUUACGGAACCCCCACAUACAACAAAUACAGCCAAUGAAAGCUGCAUACAAGGUCUCGAAGCACAUCGUGCAGAGAAUACCGUUGGAACUUCAAAGACUUGUAGCAGCGUACCGGCGGAUGUUGGAUGCAGCUGCAAAGAACCACUAACAGAAACAGACAUUCGAACAAAAGAGCUCCCAGCCGUGGGUGCCGCUGUCAGAGAGACUAACAACACUACACAAGAGUACAAUAUACCUGAUAGCUUCCUACAACAAGAGGAAGAUCUGCUAUUUUCGACUGGAAUUGAUGAUUGGGAUUACCCAAACGUAAACAUGGCUUUCUUUGAUAGCUUGAUGAGAGAGGCUGGAGAUGAUGGGGGCGAAAUGCCUAUUUAGGCCCGCGUAGCAUAACGAGCUCUAGCUCACGGCAAAUAAACAAAGAUCAUAGACAGUCAGAUAAAGUGAAUAAUACAGGGAGCCAGACAG